GUGCGUACUACUGCGUGACCACGCUCCACCCGCUCCGAUUGGCUGCGAUACUAUCCAAAAUAGGCAGUCUUGUAGUUACGCAGAAGUCCGCCUUGCGGAAGGUGCGAGUCAUCCUUCUCCCGAUCACUUGAAGCUGUCAUCCCGCCGAGCCACAACUUCGCGCUAGACACGAGGCCGCCGAUACUAGCCGCCUGGUACUGAGAACACGACGGGUUGAACUCAGACAUGUCCGACUUGGAGCCAGAUAACAGGGCAGUGGCAGUUUACUGCGCUUCGUCUGUCGGAAAGCAUCCGGCGUACGUCCGGGCGGCUCAAUCUCUGGGAAAGGCUUUGGCGGAGACGAAGAGACGACUCAUAUAUGGCGGCGGCUCGAAGGGGAUCAUGGGUGCCGUCUCGGGCGCGGUGGUAGAUGCUGGUGGCGAAGUUACGGGAUUGUACCACACAGGCAAGCGAGGACCCUCGGUGCUCCUCAAAGAGAGUGGUCGAGAAAGGUCCGUGGUCGUGAACACGAUGCACGAGCGGAAGACCGAGAUGGCGAAGCGAUCGGGAAGUUUUAUCGCCUUACCCGGCGGAUAUGGACUUUCGAAGAGAUUUCAUCACCCCACGAACGCGAACCUCGUGCGCUUCGUGAACGGGCCCGCAGACCACGCGGAGCACGAGGACUUCGACUGGGGAAAGGCUGCCCUGGACGUGCUAGAGAAAUGGACCUUCCCAGAGCGGACGCACUUCUAUGACUGGUCGAAGAUGAAAAGUGUAGACGGGGAAAGAAUUGGAGACGCUCUCGACGCCGUUUAA